AGACAGGCAAAUUUUAUGAAGACAACAAGUCAUUAGAAAUACGAAGAAAUGAUAGAGAAAGUAAUGUAAAGAAGUCCACGAUAAAGUAAAAUAAAAGAACCACCUACAUAAGAAUAGAUAUUGAAUAAUAUUAUCUAAGAGUUAAAGAAAGAAAUUGAAUAAAAAUAAACAAAUUUGUAUUAUAAAUGUUGAAAUAGAUCUCCAACGUUUUGUUUAAGAAGGAAGGAACUGUUCGAUUAACAUGAUAAGAUUUUAACUCUUAAGACUCUGAUAUCACAUAUUCAUAAUGAUCAAUCAGUAAAGAACCGUUAAGGUCAAUAAAAAUUUCCAUGUAUUUAAUAGGAUUAUAAUUCAUGUGAUUCAGAUAGAGUUAUGUAAAUAAUCUCAGCUUGUUCAAAAUAAAAUAGUUAGUUAGAGAAAAUGCAUAAAUUUGUGCAUUAAAAAUAGAGAAACUAAAGAAAACGAUUCUCAUCAUUAAAUGAUCAAAUAGGAUUAAUAUAUUUAUUAGAGUGA